UACACUGCUAUGGCAAUGGUUGCUAGAGGUAUAAUUCUUAAGCCCACCAAAAGAAGGGCAAUUCGCCCAAAUCCCUAAACCCUAAAUUAUUACAACUAUAAAAUCCCUCUAGAUGCUGAAGUCCCCUCAUUCUUGAUUCUCAAAGUUGUUAGGAUACUUUCGCCUCCACUGCACUCCCUUACAGUUCACAUACACUGCUAUGGCAAUGGUUGCUAGAGGUCGCGGAGGUAGGGGCGGGUUUAGGGGUGGCCGAGGAGAUGGAGGAAGAGGGGAUAGAGGGGGUUUUGGCGGAGGUGGCAUGAGGCGCGGGGGCGGAAGAGGAGGAGACAGAGGAAGAGGGGGUAGAGGGGAUUUUGGCGGAGGGAGAGGUGGUGGUGCCAUGAGGCGCGGGGGCGGAAGAGGAGGAGGCAGAGGACGGGGUGGAAGAGGAGGAGGAGGCAGGGGACGUGGUGGAAUGAGGGGUGGUACUAGGGUUGUGGUGGAGCCUCACAGACAUGAGGGAGUUUUCCUUGUUAAGGGCAAAGAUGAGGCUCUUUGUACAAAGAAUAUGGUCCCUGGCGAAGCGGUGUACAAUGAGAAGAGAAUCUCGGUUCAGAAUGAAGAUGGAUCAAAAGUUGAAUACAGAGUGUGGAAUCCUUUCCGUUCUAAGUUAGCAGCUGCCACUCUUGGUGGAGUCGAUGACAUCUGGAUUAAACCUGGUGCUCGUGUACUUUACCUUGGUGCUGCUUCAGGAACAUCAGUUUCUCACGUGUCUGACAUUGUUGGCCCACAAGGAGUGGUUUAUGCAGUGGAAUUUUCUCAUAGAAGUGGAAGGGAUUUGGUGAACAUGGCAAAGAAACGCACAAAUGUUAUUCCCAUUAUUGAAGAUGCUAGACACCCAUUAAAAUACAGAAUGCUUGUUGGAAUGGUGGAUGUUAUCUUUUCUGAUGUUGCUCAGCCUGAUCAGGACAUCACGGGUGAUGCAAAAACCGAGUUUCUGAUGCAAUUUAUAUUGAUGGCAAGGAUUUUAGCUCUGAAUGCAUCACACUUCUUGAAAGCUGGAGGACAUUUUGUUAUAUCGAUUAAGGCAAACUGCAUAGAUUCAACUGUUCCUGCUGAUGCUGUAUUUAAAGAGGAGGUGAAGAAGCUGCAAGUGGAGCAGUUUAAACCUAGGGAGAAAGUCACGCUUGAACCGUAUGAAAGAGACCACGCUUGUGUUGUAGGUGCCUACCGGGUGCCCAAGAAGCAAAAGAUUGCUGCCUAGUUGUUUGCUAGUUUCUUAUUUAUGUCAGAUUUUUCGUAGAGAAAGUAGAGGUUCAACUUUAUAUUUGAUGAAAGUAUUGCCGUGUAGAGACAUGUUACUGAGAUUCUUCCUUCUCAGCCGGUAGAGCAUGGUUCUUAUCUGGAGCACCUAUUAAUUGCCUUACCAAUAUUAUUAUAAUUAUGCUAGCAUUAUCUUA